AUGGUGGAUAGUCAUCAGCUUCGACUCAUUGAAUGGGAUCCUGGAUUUGAUGCAGACAAGCAACCAACUUCCCGUGCAACUGUUUGGGUGAAAUUCCCCGGCUUGCCAAUGGAGUUUUGGGUUGAGAAAUAUUUGCUAGCUAUGGGUAAAUCCCUGGGAACUCCAAUUGUGGCGGAUACAAGAACUCUUAAUCAUGAACAUGGCCACUUUGCAUAUUUUCUUAUUAAUAUAGAUUUUGCUCGUCAUGAAACUGAUGAUAUUCAUGUUAUAGCUGGUGGAAGAAAUUUCUUGCAGGUACGUAAUAAUGGUUCAACUAAUGCUGGGAAAAAAACAUCUAAUGUUGUUGAGACAAGUGAUUGGCAUGAAGUUCGGCAUAAAAAGAAUGGAGAUAAGAAUACAACUACAGAAACCUUUCCCCCAUUUGUAUCAAGUUCGGAAAACCUUGUAAACAAGGUGUUUACGCAGUGCAAGGCUCAGAUUGAACAAGGUGAAGUUAGUGCUGAGGAGUGUAUUGCUUUGAAAUUGGCAAAGAAAAUGGAAGAUGACUUAGCAAAAUUGCAGAAGGCGCGUGAAGAUAUGGAAAGAGCUAAACAUACAUAUAAAGCUUUUAGUUUAAGAAACCUAACUAGUUCUGGAGUGAUUUUAUCUCCGAAUAAAUAUAGUGUGUUACAAAAGGAGGCGAUUUUACAUGAGUCCAAGGAAGACACGAAAAGCAUAAUCCAUAACUUGGAUUCUAUACGUGAAGGGGAAUUUGAAAACUACACGGAUUCUGAAGUAGUUUUCUCGGACUCAAAUUUGGGCUUGCAAGUGAAAAGUGGGUUUGAAAAUAUGGAUAGGGAAGCUCCACCCAAGGUGAGUGCUAGUUCUUCUAUUCAGUUAACGAAAGAAGAACAUGAGAUUUUUUGUACAAUUACAAAAUUUGAUACUCAACAAAAGUAUUUGAAGGAUUUAUCUUUUCGAAAGGAGUAUGUCAAGGAAACACAAGAUCAAUCAAAAAGAAUGAAGACUACAAAGAAGAAAGCUAAGGGAGGUGGAAACACUUAA